AUGGUCUCUGACACCGGUGUUGACAUCGACAACGAAGCUUACACGGCUCCGCCAGGCGAAGAAGGUCUCGAUAUCAGCCAUGAAGGUGGGGAGUAUGAAGCGUUUGAAGGUUUAUCAGAGCAAGUCGCUAGCUUAUCAAGUUACCACUAUGUUGAUUCUCGCACACGGCACGAUCACAUAGAGCUUCAAAUGGAGCAAUGGAGCAACCAACUUGACCGGCUGGUCAAUGCCUAUCUUGACUACCGUUCAUGCGAUCGUGGGGAUGGCUUGCCAUGUAUUCCAGAGGCUAAUGUGGCUAUUGAUGGGAGUAAUGGGAACUUGUUGACCGACAUCAACUUAGUUGACAUAUUUGGUCAUCAGCGGAUGUCCUUCCAACCUCCAACCUCCCAUCACUACCCCAACGAGAUGCUCAUCUACCAUGGUUAUUUGGGGUGCUCCCCUCUAUAUCCGACGGUUGCCAUUUCCAUCCGAACCCUUGCAAGUUAUCAUCAAUACCACUGA